AGCUCCUAUUCCCUCUGUUCUGCAUAUCUCUCUGUCUAUAUAUAUAUAUAAUCUCAUCACUCUCUCUACUUCAAACUUGAAACCUAAAGUUUCUUCUUUUAUGGACUGAAAAGGUGUUCGGAAAUGGCUUCUUCUGAGAAUUUGAUGGCGAUGGAGCCGUGGGGGGUUUUUCGUCCUGGGUUCGUUGAUCCUUGGUUCGCCGACGUGUUUUCCGGUGAAACGGAGGCGCUGACUAAGGUGUUGCAGAAAUCGAUGUCGGAUGCUCCGGUGGCGGCGGCGCCGCCGGUUUUCAAGGCGGAGGAGAUGCUGGUGGUGGGGACUCCCAGCGCUUCCGGGCCGACGGUUUCGGGCGGGUCGGAGAACGAGACGGCGGGGUCGAAGCGGCGGAGCGUGGGCGGCGGCGCGGCGAACGGGAAGAUGAAGAAGCGGAAGUCACGCGCGGCGAAGCGGUCCACCACGACGUACAUCACCGCCGACGCCGCCCAUUUCCGGCAGAUGGUGCAGCAGGUCACCGGGUUCAAGUUCGGCGGGCACCUGCCGGUCGCCCCCAUCCUGAAGCCGGAGCCUCAGCGCGCCGUUCAACGGCUCCAGCCGAGCGGCGCCUGCCUCCCCACUCUCGACACCUCCGCUUUCUUGCUCGACCAGACCAAACCGCAACCGCAGACGGUGGACCCCACCACCGCAACACCUCUACUCCAGCCGCCGGCGACGCUCAUCUCUCCUCCGCCGCCGCCGAGAAUGGAAGCCGACGUCAGCUGCGCGUCAGCCUUCGACCUUGACUUCUUCUCCAGCUUUCCCACUCUGGAGUCAUGGAAAACAGUAAUGUAGCCAAGGAACUAAGAUAGACCGCGUUUGGCAACGUAAACUUCCUUAACUUGUGGGAUAAAAGUUUAGGGAAAAUAGGGGAAGGGUAUAAUGGGAAAAAAAUGUUCAUAUUUUUGUAGAUGUCGGAGGGAAGGGAGUUGGGAGUCUUCAGUCUUUGUAUUUUGUGUUCUGCAGAAUCAUUAGAAUCUGAAUCUCAU